GACUUCUGCGCCAGCCUUCGUCGUGUGUGGACGUCUCUCUCUCGCCUGAGUAUCAGUGACAAAUUUCCCUCAUUCUCACUGGGACACUUGUCCUCGUCUGUUUUGCCCGCCGGGCACUACAGGAGGGACACCUGUUCAUCGGCUUACUUUUAGCCAGCUCCAUUUUUUCCGCUCUGCGGAUAAUCUCUAACCGGUUUUGGUGGGAAGCCGGUUACUGAACUCAGGUGGGGUGUGGCCGUCUGGCUGUGCUGGUGCUUGGCAAGGGCGUCCACCUGAUCUAAUUGGGAACUUUUGUUCCUUUUUCUUCUGUGGCCCAGCUUUCGGCAGUAAAUCUUCCCCGAACAUCGGGAAGUCAGGCUUGAUACAGUGUAAGGUGUCAGUGGUCCUGAUAAACCCAACAAAGUACGAAAAGAUUAUUAUUAUUAUUAUUAUAAUCAAAAAGAAGCGCUAAGCCACAAGGACUAUACAGCGCUGCAAGUAGGAAAAGAAAGAACUUGGAUGCUACGGUCUGGCCUGAAUAUCAGCGACAAUUUUCUUUCGUUCUCUCUGAGACGCUGCACUGGUCGCCGUUGCCCAGCGGUGAGAGUAGCGACUCUCAUUGCUGAGGUCCAGGGUAUGUUGCUGAGGAACUUCAUAAAUACAAGUGUCUGGUCUGUCUGCCAACCCAAGGUCAACUCUUUCAGGCUCAGGGUUAAUAGAAGGACUAGUGGUUCAGACACUCCAGAUGAAGAGCUCAUCCACAAAGUUACCAGCACAGAAAAUGACACUAAUCAAGAAAACAUUGCCUGUGAAGCAGAGAUGCAAUAUUUUAUGGGUAGACCAUCAGAAUUUGAUGGUAGACAGCACAAUAAAAGUGACAGUAAAGCAGUACCAAUUAAACAAACUUUAGCAUCUACAAACAAGAUGCUUUUUGGCCCGCUUAUAGAAACAUCUGCCCAGAAAACGAGGUGUUUAAGAAGAGAAGCACUGGAUAUUACAGUAAAGAACAGGAGAAAAACAAGUAAAAAAAAUGUAAAAGAAAGCAGAGCUGUAGUACAAAUUAAGCCCCUUGUACAUUAUGUAGAAAACUCUCACUUGCUUGGUAUUUUUCCUGGUAAUUCCAGAUUAUCAAAUAAACAAAAUACAUUCAAAGUUAAAAUAGAAUUACAGCAGGCUAUAGUACAGGAUGAUCCUUAUCAGAAUACUGCAACUUCUAAAUACCCUGAAAGCAUUAAUAAAAGAACAGUAGCUCUUAGAAAAAUGCCACAAAUAUGCGACUUAAAACAACAUAAAGCAUUUUCCCAAGGAAAAGAUAAAGUUCAGAAAAUUAUAGUUGCUUCUUGGACAGAGGGCAGAGAAGGCUGUUGUGCUGCUUUUCAUAACACUGAAAUUUUAUUAAAUGAAAAAUCAAAUGAAGAUGACUUGCAUGUUACAAAAAGUAAUGAAGAAACUACUUUUAAGGAACCUACACAAAAUAGUGUUCAUAGUGCUCAAAAAGAUAAAGUAAAGGAACAAAGACUGGACCAAAUGCCAUUCAUUAAUAAACUCAAAGAAAAUAAUAAUAAUAGCUCUUUUAUUACAAUAGACAAUUCCAAAUUUUCAGCUGUUCCAAGCUCUUUGGACAUGAAAAUGAUAAAAGAUUUUCCCCUGUUUAGUGACACUCCAUUGACUGGUUAUACCAAGCUGUGCACUUCUGUACCCAUCCCAACCCUAGUGCAGGAAAAUAUUGUGACAGUUGGAAUGUUUGAUGGUGGUUAUCAAAAACUUCCAAGUGUUAGGAAAAUACUGGAUGAAACUAUGCCUUUGGCUAAUAAGAUAGCAUUAGAGAAAUGGAAGGCAAAAAUGGUUAUUGAACUAGGAGAAGAUGGCUUUGAACAGUAUAGAAAAGGUUUGCUAAACCGUGGAAUGUUGCUCCAUAGUUGUAUUCAGUCAGAACUCAGUGGUCAGUCUCCACUUAUUGAAGAUUUCCCAACAUUACAAGGCUUUUGGACAAGUCUCAGGCAAAUUCUGCCAAACGUGUCUGAUGUCAACGUGUUGGAGAGUCGCUUAAUCCACCCAUAUCUUUACUACCAGGGAGCUGUGGACUGUGUUGGGUCUUACAGAGGAACACCAAUGUUAAUUGAAUGGAAGACCUCUAGUAAACCAAAACUCUCCUUGACGUCUAUGUUUGAUGAUCCACUUCAAGUUGUAGCUUAUUUGGGAGCUCUUAAUUUUGAUAGCAAUUAUAAACUUCCUUACCAUGUGGAGUCAGUUUUGGUGGUUGUGGCUUAUGAAACUGGAUUACCAGCUCAUGCUCAUGUACUUAAAAAGGAACAGUGUGAACACUAUUGGAAAAUUUGGUGCUCCAGGCUUGCUCAGUUUUGGAAACAAAUAGAGCUUGAAGAGACAGAUAUAUAAAAAACACAAUUAUUGAACUGUGCUACACCCUCUGCAUAAACUAACAAGCACACAUACAAACAUUUGUGUGUGUGUACAUAUGCAUGUACUCUGGUAUUUGUGGUUGGAGGGACAGAUUCUCAGAACCUUGUCUCACCUCUUAAUGUUCCACUUUCUGGAUUCACUUCCUCUUAGUCUCAAAGGACCUAUCGUACUUGUUCUUAAAAUUAUGUAUGGAGCCUGCCUCCACAACUUCCUCACCAAGAUCAUUCCAUUUUCCAACCAACCCUAUGGUUCAGUUUCCAGUGUUGCCUCUGUGUUCCCAUUUCUCACCUCUUGGACUGCCUUUCUCUGUCUAUCUUAUCAUUUCUCCUGAGUAUUUUGCAUGUUGAUAUCAUGUCCUACCUGGUUCUUCAGUCUACCAAUAUUGUCAGGUCCAACGCUGUUAGUCUCUCCUCGUAGCUAGUGGCCCUUAGCUUAGGAACUAGCCUUGUUGCAUACUGCACUUUCUCUAGCUUCUUAAUAUGCUUUUUUGUGUGUGGGUUCCAUACUGGUGCUGCAUACUCCAAGAUGGGUUUAACGUACAUUGUAUAAAGAGCCUAGAAUGACUGUUGAUAUUUCUUGCUAGACAAGCAUUGACUGCAGAAGUUAUUCAGCUCAUGUGAGCCUCUGGCUGGGCACUAUGCUUACCCCUAGAUUUCUCUAUAGAGUGAUAGUGUGAGAAUGAGAGGGAGAGAGAAAGAGAGGGAGUGUGUAAGAGUGAAUAUAAGAGAGGGAAGAAGAGGUAGAGAGAGUGUAAGAGGGGAGAGAGAGGUAGAGAGUGUACAAGAGGGAGAGAGAGGAAGAGAGUGAGAGGGAGUGUGUGUAAGAGAGAGAAUUGUAAGAAAGGGAGUGUGUGUGUGAGAAAGGGAGAGUGAGAGUGAAUAUGAGUGUGAGUGUGUGUAUUUGUUACUUAGGAAAUAUUUUUUCAUUCUCAUGGUCAGGAAGUGGAUUGAUCUGGACAGCGAAGUGAUAAAGGCAGAAUCCAUACAUAGCUUUAAGAAUAAUUAUGACAGAGAUCACCAAGCCUUGAGAAAAUGAACCCACUAGUGACCAGUUUGAGAAGCAGGGCCAGGAACUGAGACUCCAUCCCUAUAACCACAAAUAGGCAAGUAUAAAUAUGAGUGUGUACAUGUGCACACACAUACAUACAUAUACUUAUGCAUACAUUUGUUUACAUACCUACCUACCUAUCAACUGAGGUUAGAAACUCCCUGUUAAGGAUGUCCUCAGCAGCUGUGUUAGUAACUGUCUCCUAGCACAGGCAAGGGUCUUACUGUCCAUGUUAGUACAGUGGCCACAAAAAAAAAUCUGUAGAUUAACACUUUUUGGACAAUAAAACAAAAAAAUGCAACUUACUGUGUGUAAAUGUAUUUUAUUUUCACUUUUUAGCUCCAUCUAGUACUUGGUCAUGUUACCCUUGUUCUUUAUCACCAUCUAAAGUCGCCUGGGUAUCGAAGUGGCGAGGAUGGAGAAGAAGGAGGCGCCCAUGUAGAUCCAAAGCUUCUUCAGUGCCUCCUUCAGAUCCAUGUUGUUGGUGGGUCGAACUUUUGCAAUCUCAUUUUUCAUCACAUGCCAGGCAUUGCCGAUAGGAUUUAGGUCAGGGGAAUUGCUUGGCCACUCCAAAACUCUAAUAUUAUUGUCUUCAAAGAACUUUUUCACCACUUUUGACUUAUGGGCAAGGGCACCAUUAUGCAUAAAAAAUUCACAUGUGAAUGAUCCAAAAUGUCAGCAUGUGGUCCCUUAACACCUCGAUAUAAUUACUUCCCUUCAUUGUAAUACAUGUAUUUUUAGGAAGAAAGUAUAGUCUACCCAUGCCCUUAUAACCACUAAAAGCACCUCAGACCAUAACACUGUCAGGGUGCUCCACAGCAUACCGCGGGUCAUAAUGGGACACACCACUGGGACAAUGGAUGGUCUUGGAGCUGCUCCUGAUGAGCCUGAAGGUACUCUCAACGCUGAACAUCACCUUCUGCCACUGGUCUUCAUGGCUUCAGUUAGCAUGGGCUUCUUGGUGGCACGUUGAGUAGGCAUUUUCAGGUCCUUUUUCAGUCAGUGCUGAAUGGUUUGCACUGCGACAUCAUACAGAGUGCAGGAUGCAUUUUCUUGAGCUCUGCGGCUGUUAUGGCAGGAAAUGAUAACACUUCCCUCCUCAGGAUGUUGUCUAUGUGAAGAGAAAAUGCAUCCUGCAUUCCUGAAAGACGUUGCAGUGCCAAACAUUCAGCAUCAACUGCAAAAGGACCUGAAAAUGCCUGCUUGAUGUGCCACCAAGAAACCCAUGCUAACUGAAGCCAUGAAGAAGAAACGGCUUCAGUUCUGCAAGAAGUACAAGGAUUGGACCUCAGACCAGUGGCAGAAGGUGAUGUUCAGCAAUGAGAGUACCUUCAGGCUCGUUAAGAGUAGCUCCAAGACAGUCUGUCGUCCCAGUGGUGUGUCCCGUUAUGACCUGCAGUAUGCUGUGAAGCACCCUGACAGUGUUAUGGCUUGGGGUGCUUUUAGUAGUUAUAAUGGCAGGGGUGGACUAUACUUCCUUCUUAAGAACAUUACGAUGAAGGGAAGUAAUUAUAUCGAGGUGUUAAGGGACCACAUGGUAACAUUCUGGAUCAUUCAUGAGUUUGAAUAUUUUAUGCAUGAUAAUGCCCUUGCCCAUAAGUCAAAAGCAGUGAAAAAGUUCCUUGAGGGCUAUAAUAUCAGUGUUUUGGAGUGGCCAGGCAAUUCUCCUGAUCUGAAUCCUAUGAAAAUGCUUGGCAUGUGAUGAAAAAUGAGAUUGCAAAAGUUCGACCCACCAACAUCAUGGACCUGAAGAAGGCACUGAAGAAACUUUGGAGCUACAUGGAUGCUUCCUUCUUCUCCACUUUGAUGCCCAGGCGACUUCAGAUGGUGAUAAAGAACAGGGUUAACAUGACCAAGUACUAGUUGGAAGCUAAAAAGUGAAAAUAAAAUACAUGUACACACAGUAAGUUGCAUUUUUUCGUUUUAUUGUCCAAAAAUUGUUCAUGUAUAGAUUUUUUUUGUGGCCACUGUAUAGCCUUAACAUUAACACAGCAGGCUAGAUCUGCCUUGGAGUGAAGAUCAUCUGGAGUAUGUUAGUGUUUUAUUAUGGUUACAGGAUGUGCAUUUAUUUUACUUCUUUGAAGUUAACAUUCAUGAUUUUGUUUUAGAAGACUGUAAUAUGUGCUUUCAUUUAAUAGUGCCAGUAUUAAAGAAGGUAAGAAAAAAGUUCCAUAGUUUAGGUAUGAAGGUGAAUCAGUUCUUGCAUAAAUGAAGAACCUGCGUAUUAUAGUUUGUGUUUUUCUUGACAUUUUUAUACCUCUUAUGAACUGCCUGAAGAUAUGGACAAAAUAGAGUUAAGGUCUUCAGGCACUCAUCAAAAUUUGUAAAGUCUGCAUCUAUGUAUUUCUUGUAGUGUGACCUCCAUGUACCCCUCUAGGGAGGUUCCUUGAUGCUGGUAAGGGGUUUUGAUCCUAGGAAUUGUACCUGUACUUCCCUUCCUUGGCACUGUAUGACUCCUAAAUAUAAAGAUACUAACAUUUUUUUUAUUCAAAAUGUUUCUCAGAAAUAUUGUGGUCUUUUUUUUUUUCAUUAUUUUUUUCUCAGUUGUUCAAGGUUUACACAAAACUAGUCCCAACUAUUAUAAUUCCUUUAUCUCUUCCAAUAUCUUACUCGGUAACAUUUUGCAAAUUUAUUGUGUUUAAUGGUACCCAAAACUUUCUUGUUUUACAAACAUGCUGAAAUUUUUUCUAACCUUCCUAAUAUAUUCAUCCAUGUUGUGUUGUUAUAUUCAUGGGAAGGCACUAAAUAUAUAACAUUUGUGGUAUACAUUAAGUUACAAUUUAUUUGGCGUCCAUCACACACCAAUUGGCAUGCCCUCUCAACCAGCAUUUAGAAUGAAGCAGGUUAUUUAGGGGGUCCACUGCUCUGUUGGAUUGUGCAAUUCAAAUCAACCAGUAGCAUGUAAGUUUGCCUCCAUCCAAAUUGAGGCCAUGCUUUACCACCUGACUGAUCAUAUACACUUGUACUUGCUUUUUUAUUCUGAAGUGUAUAACAAACUUAUGAGUGGCUCUUUGCACUCUGGCACACUACUGCUAUUCUUCUGAUUAUUUAACUUUGUAAAUAUUUUAAGUAUCUUAGUGAAGGGAAUAUACAGGUAAAGAAAAAACCACCCCCUUGUGUUUGGCCUUUGCCUUUAAGGAUUGACCCAAGUAAUUAAUCUUGAGACUUAAAUUAUGGCCAAGUACAACAGGCCCUGGAACUGCAUACCUGUUUUCUUAAUAAUGGUCAUGCAGUACCUGGAAAAUGGGAGGUGAUUAGGUUUGAUUCCUUGGGUCAGGAACCUUUCACUGGUAUCAAGUCACCUUCCUUUCAGGAAUUUUUUGUUGUACCUGGCUCAACCUCUGCUGUGUUCUGAUCACUUGUGGUGGACUUAUGAGGGCACUUGUCUUGCUGUUACCUACCUCAGCUCAUUUGAAGGUGUUUUUGUCAUGUGACAUACUAAUUGGCAAAAAAAUAUAGUUGGAGAAAAUAUUCAGCCAUUUGUUCCUUAGAAGCAACUCCACUCAUUACUUUAUAUCGGAAAAAUGUUAUCAGCCUGUCUUGGUGGAAGACGGCUGUUCAGUUAA